AGAGACGCGUCGCGCCUGGCACUCCUUAGCAUCAUUCCAUUUCGCAUACUCAACUUGCCACAGGCAAGUAAAGAUAUUCCACUCGAUCUGAUCCCCGUCGGCCCGUACCAUCCUUUUCCGACUCUGAUACAAAUAAAACAUCAUCAACUCGAUCAUUCUGCCCCGGUUAUCUCAGGCAGCACCGAAAUUACCGCCUUAUACUUCCAAGAAUUCUACCUGGAUCUCCAGACCAAGAUGGCUCUCAAGCGCAAGCGCUCCGAAUCCGAACUCGUCACCCUCUUCCCCUCGCCCGCUCGCUCCGAAUCCAGCAUCGAGUCCUUCGAGUCACCAAUCUCUCCGAGCCCCAUCUAUCCUCGCGCACACGCGACGCCAUCGCACCUCUCCAGUCGCACAAUGAAGCGCUUCCGCGACAACAGGCCCUCAGAGGAGCAAAUCCAUCAACGUACUCUAAACAUGCUUUACUCCGCGCAGCAACGCAACCAGUACCCGGCAGACCACGAGACGAACCAGUCCGAAUCCUCACCCGUUCCUGCAACCCGCAACACCCAGAAGUCCCUUCACAGCUUCUGGAAUAUAAAAUCAGCCGAGCCCAAAUUCCCCGCCUCGGCCCCGUCCACGGACCAGGGUAUGCUGUCGCCGAUGAGCUGCGACGACUGUGGCGCUGGUCUCGGUGCCUCGGAUGGCGCUGCGGACGGGAUGGAUAUCGACGAUGGCUACAGCUACGGCGUUGAUCACUCUUGCGGUGCGUGCGGUAGGCACGUGUGCUCGCAUUGCUCUGUUACAAACCUCGGCGAGCAGCGGCGAUGCUUGAGGUGUGUUGGAGUUGCAGUGGGGGUGGCACAAAACGGCUCUGGAUGGCCAUCCUCGUCGAUGUCUAUCUUCUAAAUUAUCCUAGCCGGGCUGCUUCUGGGCAUCAUUCUUUUCGGUGGCGCAUUGGGUUAUACACAUUAACGACAUGCCAUGCCAUGACAAUCUGGUGUGUAUGGUUCUGGGGAUAGGCGUUUUUGGCUUGCUGUAACAUAAUUCUCUGGUAUUGGCGUUGGGGCAUUUCAUCGUUCAGGAGAUACCAUAGGAUAUCGUUCAUUACAAUUCGAUUUCAAUUUGCGCUUUCGCUGAAUUGUCAGCUCAUACUUAGCCGCACGAGCAACUGGCGAUGCUACGUACUGCGUCUGAGGCACCAUGCAUGUUAUGGACCGCGCCUCUUUAGGGGAUGCCACAUAAGAGUGGCACUUUGGCAGCGUUAUCCAAAUCGAUCAGCACGAAGGUUUUCAGAUAACCAAUCACUGUAUCAUUCAGGG